CGAAACCAGACGCUUCACGAAUGCGAAUUAUACUUCGAGGUCAUACAAGAGUUUGCGUCAGGAGGAAAUAAUAAUGAGAAGAGCCUUCUGGGAAAGAUCAGGCUCAACUUGUCAGAGUAUGUGGACAAGAGUGACGACGAUGAGGGCAUCGUCAGACGCUACUUGAUGCAGGACAGCAAAGUCAACAGCACGCUUAAGGUCGGGAUAGCUCUACGCCAGGUUGAAGGUGAUCGGAACUUUGUUACGCCUCCCCUCAAAUCAGCGAUGGUGUUCGGAGGGAUCGCCGGUGUUGUCUCUACCGAACAAGGCGAGCACGACGACCUUGGCAGGCUGCCAUCCAUAAAUUCCCAGAGCAGAGAGGUCACUGAUAUGCAGGACAUGUAUCGCCGUACUCUGGCCGCUUCUUGGAUUUCGAGAGCCGAUGACCUACCGGCGGAUAAGCUGAUUGAAGAGUUGUUUGCCGGGAGCAUCAGCUGGGCAGAGAACCAGCACUCGCCGUUUACAAACUUCACAGAUCACCACGCUGACCGACUUUCCCCGUAUAGCCGGACGGGCAUAAGGCAAGCUUCGACGGAUAAUCAUUUGUCGCCUAGUAGCUUCGAGAAGCGACCUCGGAGCUCAUCCAGCAACCAUUUCCGGAAUGAACCAAAGGUGUCCGAGAUGAGUUCGAGCGCGGAUCAUACUGGGAAAGAUGGGAGCAUCGAAAAACAACUCCAAGACAAUCCGAAAGGGAGGAGCUGGAAAAGUCGUAAUGCGGACCACGAAUUAUCCGAGUUCGAUGUCCGCGAAGACCUACGGAGUUGGGAAAUUGCAAGCAAAGACUUCAAGAUUUCGAUCACGCGAGAUUUCAGACUCCGAGAUUCAUCCCAACGCCUCGUCAUCCAUAUGAAUUCCCGGUCGUCGAAAGGAGUAGUAGGGCUCCUUAAAUGUCCGCUGCGCCCCUAUUGCAGAACAGAAAACACCCCUCCAUUGCGCAGGCGCAAUGUUAUUGCUCGAUUCAAAUCCGACAAAUACUCGGACGAUCCGGGCGACAGCCGCAUGCGUCGUGUCUUGAGCGAGAAAGAGCAAAUCAGACGACAGAAAUCGAAGAGCCACACGAUACCAAUCUCGGUGCGUUCCCUGGGAGACCCGGCUCAGGUCGUGGUUAUCCAGGAUCGCAAACGUCGCAGACGUUCGCAAAUUAUCGCAGAGAAAGACUCGUCGGAAGAAUCCAAAGGGGAGCAUUUUAUGCUGAAGGAACUGGAGAAAGACGCCGCUUUUGCCGAUGAAGAUCUCUAUAUCGCUCACAUUGACGAGCUAGGCUCUCCUUACCAACCCUACGACAAAUUAACACGCGCCGACUGGAAUGAUCUUAGAUACAACCUUCGCUCAUCCUUCAAGAUCUCACAACUCUCUGAUUACAUUCAACAACGAAUCGACAAGGAAGGCCAAGACACACCUCGGGAUGACUCUGAAGGCAAACACUGGCUACCUGGCGUGGUGAAUCUCAUGGAGUCGGUACCCAAACGUGCUUCUAUCCGAACCGGAGCACUUCAGGGUUUGAAAGGGAAGGAUGCUUUUGCUGAGAAAAUCCUUCGAGAUUGCUGGCACCUGAGUGUCGCUGGCGAAGUCGGCCAGCUUGAUAUCCUCAUGCCUGACACCGCAUUUCAUACGCUUUUGAACGCCGAAAACUUCUCGUUUGAGGAGCUCGCUGUGUUACACGAUGUUAAAAUCGAUGUCUCCCAGGUUUUACACAUUAUGAGGGUAACUGGACGACAGGAAGCAUGUGAGUCCAUCAGGGACAUCGUUCGUGACGCCACCAUGAGAAUAAAGGAGGAAGGCCUCACGUUACCAGUCAGCGAGAACGACAUAACUGCUAAUGCCCGCGUCAAAAGCCCUGACUUUUUAUCUUGGCUCAACAAGACUUAUGGGGUGACCUUUGAUGGGAAGACGUCAGAAACACCCAGGCGGAUGUUCUAUCUUGCUGAGAACAAACAGCAGGCGGAUGAUGCUCACAGGACGCUGCAUCUUGCCUGGCAUAGCACAAACAACCAUCCUACACCAUUCAGUACAUACAUGCCUGCUACCGAAAUGGCUAGCAUCAAUAACAUCGACCCUGAGCUCAACACACCAUGGUUUGAUCGACGACAUUCGUGGUUCAGAUGGGCGGUUCCACAUGAGACCGGCGAGGUCUUGACACCCGGCUCCCUGUUAGAAAGGCGCAAAUUGUUUAACAAGCAUCAAUCCCGUUUGUCCAAUGUGCUUCUCAAAUUGCUUCGGAAUCCCAAUUUCAACAAGACCAUUGGCAUCGAGAACCCCACCAAUAUCUGUGAGUCGGUCACUGCGGCAGUUGGAAAAUGUCUUUUCCUCCGCAAGCCUACCUUUGAGGAGACAUCGGUCAGCGCGCCUCAACUUGGCCGGCUGUCCCUCCCACGUACAUUCGCUACAGAUAUACCUCGUGCGGCACCGUUCUUGAACAAUCUGGUGCCUCAGAAGUCCGAUGAGCAACAGGUGCACCGCAUCCGAUUGGUUCCUUCAGCUUUCCAUGCCCAGGUCUUCCCGCAACUCGAGGUGGAAGUCACAGUGAAUACCUCCAAGUCUCCAUUUUACACCGGCCCUGAAUUUGCCCUUCAGGGCGCCAAGGUGGUUUUAGCUGAAAGCAAACUCGAUUUCCUUCUCCCAGAGAACGGGCUCGAUCUCCGAUUCAGCCGACGCUUGACCCAUGAGCUUCCUACGGGCUCCGCAAUUGAUCCAUCAUUAGGUGCACUUGAGGAGAGCCUGCGAAAGGUUUUCCAUCAGUCUCUCGAGUCCAGCGGUAGCGAAAUACCUCUUCCCAGCUUCACUCAAAUUACCCUUCCUCGUAAGCUUCUGGGCCAGACCCCGGCCACGGAAGGUGAAACCUUGACGGCAGACUACAUUUUCCUCCCGGUGAACGACGCCCGAGGCACUCGGGUCCACAAAUACAACUACGGCGGCCAGCAGCUCAACUACUCAUACUACGAGAGUGGGCCUUUCUUGCCUCAUCGUGUCACCGAGCUCUUUUUGAGAAAGGACAUCGGGAACCCUGACUCGGCCCUAUCGAACGCCGUUCCUGGCGCGACUGACCCCGUGGUUGAGGAUGGCUUCCAUGAAUUCUAUAAAUCUGCAUGCAAUUUGGCGUUUGACGUGGAU